CUAUUCGGAAUAUCAAUGUACGCUUGAAUAAAUUUCAUUGGUAAAAUUGAACGAAGAUUUAUAAAAUAAAAUAUUAUAACCAAGUUAACUAAACUACUAUAAUAAAGUUUUUUUGGCAUAACGGAAUUAAUUCUGAUGAAUAUAAGAAACUGCGUACCGUAUACAGUGUUCUUCAUUGUUAUUAUUUUUGCCGAAAUAAAAUGUUUCAGAAUCAAUCAAGACAACAACGGCAUUCAAAAAAUUAAAAAAGAACGAGAGAAAGAUGUAAAGGUGUCUUCUCGUUUAAUAGAAAAAGUCUUUGAAAAAUAUCCUUACUUUUUGAACGAUUUUCUAGACUUCAAUAUAUCUGCUGCUGAUGGAGAAACCCAUAAAGUUGGUUAUAUUAAGGAGAUGGUGUUAGAAGUUACUAGAAAUGAUGGAUACCAGGUUCUCACAACUGAAAACAUCGAAGAUUCUUUCUUAGGUCAACAUUCAAGCUUGUUUACCUGCAGUGAAGUGAGAAGAUAUAUUGGCAAUCCAAAGUACAGCGAGUACCUAGAAGGUGAUUAUGGAUCUCAAAUAAUUUUAGUUUCUGGUGACAAUGGUCAACUGAAACCCAAGUCAAUAGCAAAGAGAGACGCUGGAUGUCUAAUUGGAGAUAAAUGUGUUUAUAAUCAUCAUUGCGAAAAUAAAACGGCAGGUGUUGAAAAAGAUUUUAAACGCUGUAAAAUUUCUGAGACCAAUGAAGAUUGUUUUUCAACUGAAAUGACUGAGAUGCUAAGCGAUGAAUUGGAAUUCCUGACCGGUUAUCGUCCUCACGUUGUAAUAAACAACCUGCACCAAACAAGAGUAAACGUUAACCUUCCACCUGGAAUUGGUACAUUUGAGGUGGAUGAAGCCAGAAGAGCUUGGCACAGUUUUCACAAGCUGUUGUAUAAAGCGCAGAAAAGAUUUAAAGGUAAAAAAGGGCUUUUAAUAGACGUUCAUGCAAAUUCAAAAACUGACCACAUACCAGAAAUCGCAUUUAAUUAUGGUUUGUUUAAAGAGUCUGAAAAUACAUCUUCAUCAAUAGAUAGUUUAAUGAACCAUACAAGUCUUUCUUUUCAUGAACUGACUGAAGGUAAAAGAAGCAUGUCACAUUACAUGGACGAAAGUGGCUACAAUGUUACUGCGGUUCCGCAAUCAGCUUUAAAUGUAAGUUAUGUAGUAGAACACUACGGAUCAAAUAAAAGGUAUCCAGGACGAAAUAUUGACGCAGUACAAGUAGAUAUGCGUAUUAAUCGAAAAAAUAAAAAACUAUUAAAAACAAUGGUUGAGGAUUUAUCAUCUGCAGUUUAUAAAUUUCUUUUAGAAUACUACUAAUAAUACUUUAUGAAGCAAUUUGCAGAACUAUUGUCACCGCCUCCGUACCACUAAAACAUUGCUAAUACACUACUUUCAAAAAUUCUUUAGUUGUUUUUGACUCAUAGUAAAGUCAAAAACAACUAAAGAAUUUUAAACAAAUAAAGAACAUCCAACGGAAUGUUUUCAUUGGUUGAUGGAAAAGUAUCUCUAAACUUUUUUAAAAAAAUUUGUUUUUAUUGCAUUAAAUGUAAAACUUUUUUUUAAAAAUUUUGUUAUGAUUGA